CACCAACACACGAAGUCCGUGGUGGAAGAAUGUAUCGCCAAUGGCGCUCCUAAUUCUUCAAGCCCACGGACACUACCCUUGCCUAGAUUGAGAAUUUCAUGUUGCCUUUCCGUGAGGAGACACGCGCAGCGAAUGCCACGAGAGAACACACUUUCGCUAUGCUGGGAUUGACAAGAACAUUCCAGGACAACGCACGAGCAAAGCCUCCCAACGCAAAAAGCACCACAUGCAUUGGAAACCCUUGCGACGGAGCCGUUCUCCGACAAAUGAUUGCCUCACAGACCUGUGAGGCGAGAGGCCACAGCAGGGGAGCGCCUCCCUUGCGGCUCUCAAGUACGUGAUGUCAUGAUGAAAACAUCGACAUGAACAAACCCCGAAUUCGUCUUGUAAUGAACGAACGGAUAUAACCAGACUAGCUGCACUCUUCUAGGCAUCUCCUUAUCCCGUACAACAAUUGCAAGUCCCUGAAAGUAUUGGCCCAGCACGGAAAACUUGUUAUAUCCUCACGAUGGCGCUCUCUCAAGCAGCAGCCGUAGUCGAAAAGAUCAUCGGCCACACAGGCGAUGCCAACACCGAACAGAACCUGAGCAACCCGUCGAAAGAUGCUGGAAAGUACGCGGACCCUUCUGGUAAGAAGAUGAAAGCACUAGUAUGGAACGGGAAAAAUAGCGUCAAAGUCGUCGAGACUUUCAAGCCUGCAAAAAUUGAAGACACAGAUGUUAUCGUCAAAGUCACCGGAUCGACAGUCUGCGGCUCGGAUCUUCAUCUCUACCACGGUGUGGUGGUAGAGCUUCAGAAGGGGGACAUUCUAGGGCACGAGUUCUGUGGUGUUGUGGACAGCGUGGGUUCCAAAAUCAGCAAAGUUAAGCCUGGCGACCGCGUGGUAUGCAGCUUUCAAAUCGCAUGCGGAAGCUGCAUGUACUGCAAGCGGAAAUUGAGCAGCCAGUGCGAGAGGACCAACGACAAUAAGAUUGAGAACGUCAUGUAUGGCGGUCGCACGGCCGGCAUGCUGGGCUAUUCGCACUUCACCGGUGGUUAUGCUGGUGGCCAGGCAGAAUAUGUCCGUGUUGCAUAUGGCGAUGCUAAUCUCCUGAAACUCCCAGAUGACGUGCCCGAUGAGAAAGGUCUCUAUCUGUCUGAUGUGUUGAGUACGUCUUGGAACGCCGUUGUGGACACGGGAGUCAAGGAAGGCGACGUGGUCGCCAUCUGGGGCGCAGGGCCCAUUGGCCAGAUGUGCGCAGCCAUGUCGUUUAUGUGCGGCGCUAAGCGCGUCAUCGUCAUUGACGGCGGUGAUGCCUCAUGGCGACUCGACUUCGUAAAGUCCAAACUUCCCAAGGUCGAGACAAUCAACUUCACGGACCUUCCCAAGGGCGAAAACAUUGUUUCAACUCUGAAAAAGAUGGAACACGGGGGGCCCGAUGUCGCCAUUGAAUGUGUGGCGGGCGAGUAUGCGAAGGGCUGGGCUCAUUACUUUGAGUUGCUCCUUGGUGCCGAGACAGACACUUCGGAAAUCGUCAAUGAGAUGAUCAUGAGCGUUAAGAACUUCGGCCGCUGUGGCAUCACGGGCGUCUAUGUCGGCUACACAAAUCACUUCAACAUCGGGUCUCUCAUGGAACGCGGUAUCCGGUUGAUCGGCAAUGGCCAAGCUCCAGUGCACUUAUACUGGGAAGACCUCCUCAAGAAGAUACAAGACGGCAGUCUGGAUGUCUUGCAGAUGGUCAGCCAUCGUGUGUUGUUGGAGGAAUUGGAGGAGGUGUACAAGCGAUAUGAUGCGCGAGAAAAGGGCCUGCAGAAAGUCUACGUUCAGACAAAGUUCAGCGCUCCACCGAGUGAAGGGUCUCCUCAGUUGACCAAGUUUGGUACUGCAUGACGCGCGCAAGGCUUUUGGGAUGAUGGCUGGAGCAACGAGGCACAUUGAAGUAGACCGAGGCUGGGGAUAUGAUACACGCUUCUUCAUUUGCUUGAAGAGCAAUGCUCCAUUCCUCGUCAGUUUAUUUGUGACUGGACAUCUAUAUUCGUUAAAUGCA